AUGGAAUCUGCAUUUGCGGAAACCGGUUUCGUCGCGGAGGCGGGGUUCGACGGUGGGUUCGACGGUGGCGGCUUUGGGGACGGAGGCUUUGCCGCUACGCCAGCUGCCGCGCCGUUCGAGGAUGGCGGCUUCGGCGACGCUGCUUUUGGAAGCGCUAGCGACGACAACAACGGCACGCGCGGGCAGGGCUCCUCCACGCGUCGCACCCGCUCCGCCACGCGCGGCGCUGUGACCGUCUCGGCGCUUCGGGCCGACGAGCGCGCAAAGUACACCCAGGUGUUUCGCGGCUUCAGCAAGGGGGCGGACGGCAGAGUGGGCGGCGCAGAGACGCGCGCCUUCAUGGCUCGCUCCAAGCUCCCGCCGCACGAGAUCGACGCCAUCGUGGCGAUCGCGGACGUCGACCGCUCUGGGCUGCUCGACGAGGACGAGUUUUGCGUCGCGAUGCACCUCAGGGACCGCGAGAAGACGGCGGUGGAGGCGGCGGGUCUGCGAAAGGAGGUCGAGCUCGUGCGCGUCCGGCGCGCGGCGUACGGAAAAGAGCAGCGCGAGUGCGUGCGGCAGCUGGAGUCGGCACAGGCGCAGGCGGCCGAGUACGGCGCCGAGCUGUCCGAGAAGCGCGCCGAGCUGGCGGCGCUGCAGUCCUCCCUCGACACGCUCGCGUCCGACGUGGCCGCCGCAGAGGAGCGCGUGCGCGCCAAGCUGCGGGCGAUGGACUCGGAGCAGGCGGAGGAGGCCUCGCGCGAGGAGGGGACGGCGCUCAAGGAGAAGCAGCUCGCCCUCCUCGAGGAGGGGCUGGCCUCCUCGCGCCGCACGGCGCCCGCGACGCGUCGAGGCCGCGCCGCCCACGCGCCUGCGCGCGUCGAGCUCGCGCAGCUACGGGCGGAGGGGCCGCUGCUCCGCCAGCCGGCCGAGUCCGCCACGUCGUCGAAGAGCUUUGCGCGCGUCAGCUCCGUCUCCACUUCGUCGGCGGAGCUCGUGGCGGCCGACGGCGAGCUCGACGAGGGCGUCUUCAUCAAGGGCUCGCUCACCGAGGGCCGCUGCGCCGCUCCCUCCGAGCUCGCCUCGCCGGCGCGCUCAAACGAGACGGUGACGCCCUCCCUCUUCUCGCCGCUGCCGCCGUCCGCGCUGCAGGAGGGUUGGUUCGAGGCGUCGGACGAGCACGGGCGCGUCUACUACUACAACGAGUCGGGCGAGACGACGUGGGAGCCGCCGCUCGCCCAGCCGCGCGAGGGCGCGCCCGACGGAUUCGGGGACGGGUUUAGCGCCGCCGAGCAGGUCGGCGUUGGCGGCGAGCAGGAUGGCUUAAGCAACGAGACGCCGGCCGCCGACCCGCACGCGGAGCUAAUCGCGCAGCUGGUGCAGCUCGGCUUCUCGCAGGAGGUUGCGAGAGCGGAGCUGGAGAAGUUUGACUGGAACGUUGAGUCGGCGGCGAAUGCGCUUCUCGGUUAGUCUUGUAGGGGCCCGUGUCGUGACCAUUGUCUGUGAUUCCCGGAUGUCGGCGAGCUGGGGAGGUCUGGGGAGCUCUUCUGGGAGAGAGGGGGCUCUAUCGCCGCCCACUGUCUCAAGGGGUUCUUAUCGCGGCCGCCACUGUCUCGCUCGGGCCCGCGCGGGGGGGGGUCUCGUCCCCCCUCCGACCCGCGUUCUUACUUUAGCGCACAUUUUUUGUUGAUAUACAAUUGGGGAGCACGUGU